GCCGGCGCGCCAGCCGAGGGCGCCACGCGACCCCCUUCUUCAACGCAGGCCUUCCAAGGACCCUUUUGCUGCCUGGAAGCUAUUUGUACUUUUUUUGAACCCAAAGAAGCAUACCUGCAGUUCUGAGGCAGCCUCCCCAUCCAGGCACUGACCUGACCCCGGAGCUGCUUUGCUUCAAGCAAGAUGGUGGCCUCAGAUGUCUUCAGACCAGAGCCUGUAUGUAGUAAUAAAGGCUGAUGGUCCCAGGACCAGAUGGUUGAAGAUGCAGGAGACAUGGAUUGCAUGCUACGGAUUCUUUCAUAGAGAACACAAAGGAACAUCUCUAAAGAAAGUCCUGUCCAGCCUGUCCAGCACCUCCUUGGACUCCCUCACCUCCAGCAGCAGCAGCAGCUGGUCUCUGUCCUCCUCAAGUGAGGACAUAAGCCUCCCGGACACAGCCGUCUCCCCACUGCCGUCAGCCCCAGAGGAAGAUGGCUGGGACUCUCUGCCUUUUCCCAGGCCCCUUGCCGCUGGCCUCAAGCGACCCCGCAGAGAGCCCGCAUCCCGCCACCCGGUCCAGUUCAACAUCCGCCGAAAGCUGCUGGAGGAGCUGUGGGGAGGCCUCACUCCCCACUUGGAGUCCCUGACCGACCUGAUCCUGGAGGAACCCAACCUCCAGCAAGCGUCCCGGGGCACCAGCGAGGCUGACACCAGCACCAGCAGCGGAGGGGAGGCCUUGAGUGAGGAGGAGAGGCGUCCGCCCCAGAGGGCCCAGGAGGACGUGCAGCAAAGCAGCUCCUCAGAAAUGAUGUCCGCCGUGUCCAGGCCCUCGAGCUGUCCCACCUGCAAUCUUCCAACCUCCUGGGAACCUUCUGCUCAUCCCUUAACUCCUCCUGAAACCAGCAGCAUCCAGGGCAGGCUCUUGCCGUCACUGAAGACCAGCCGAACUCAUGUGAAAAUCAGGGCCCUGCUUCUGGAGGACAUGAUGAUGUCAAAGGGAAUGACUUCCCCGGAGGAGCAGCCUGUCUUGCACAAGCUCCCCUUCAAGAGGGCUCUGCAUCCUUGCCGUAGACCCUGCACGGCCAUAGGACCGGAUACCGCACAGCGCUUGGACUUCAAUGUGAAGAGGAAACAGAUCCCAGAGCUCUGGGGGGAGCCCACCCCCUUGACUCAGUCGCUGGCCAAGAUGGAAUGCCAGGCUCCCUACUCCCCUUCCCCAGUCCCCACCCCAAGCCCCCCAGAGAGGGCUGAGAAGGAGGGGAGAAGACAGCCUGAGCCAACGAGCGCCCACCAAAGCAGCGUGAAAACCAAGGCCAAGCUUCUGGAGAUGACAAUGUUGACAGGAGAAAGUGUGCCAAAGGAGCAGCCCGCCUUGCCUAAGCCUCUUCCCCCCAUGGCCCACCACCCCUAUCGUGGUCCCCACAAAGCAGUAGGCCCGGACACCGCAGAAUGCCUGGAUUUCAAUGGGAAGAGGAAACAGCCUGAGCCAACGAGCGCCCACCAAAGCAGCGUGAAAACCAAGGCCAAGCUUCUGGAGAUGACAAUGUUGACAGGAGAAAGUGUGCCAAAGGAGCAGCCCACCUUGCCUAAGCCUCUUCCCCCCAUGGCUCCUUGGCGUGAAAGUCAAGAUGCCUCGCGACACAUAGAAGAGGAACCAUCCCUUGCUAUACCACUCAUGACCUCUGAGGAGGAGGGUAGGAUGUCAGAGCACACAAAGGCCCCCUCACCGGGAUCUGCACUCCCAACUGCAGGGGAGGAGGUUCCCCGAGCAACACCCCCCAUUUCCGGUAAAAAGGAAAGCACAGUCCUAACCACACCAAUGGGCAGUGCCGGGGUUCGGAGGGAAUUCAGGCCAGGUCAAAAGACACCGGCUAGCCCCCAGCCAGCAAGACAGAUUGCAUCUUCACAAGCAGUGCUGCAGAUGCCAGGUGACCAUAGCAGGGACAUCGUGGCCAAGCUUCCCCCAAGCUUCCAGGGACCCCCUGAACCUCCCUCCCGCCAGCAGCUGAUUCGCUCCAUCCUCACCUCCCUAAGCGUGGAGCAAACUGUGGAGGACCUCCGGCUGAGUCUAGUGCAAGGGCUGGAAAUGGGCCACGGAGAGCUGAGGGCACAGUACCCCAUGUGCCGGCUGUGCGGCAGCUGCAGUGCGAGGUGUCCUCACCCCCGCACUCACCAAGACCCUCUCCUCCAUGUCGACCCACGGCUGACCGUACGUGACGGGCAUGUGCAUAUGGACCUGGAUUUCCACCUGAAAUUCAAGAGGACCUACGGCAAGAAAUGGGGGCUGGCGGAAACUGUGGAGGGUGACAAGGUGCAGGAACAACCUCCAGAGCGAUGCGUGAGCAUCGUGAAACCCAGUGUCCCCACCGAUCCCCCAAGCUUCCAGGGACCCCCUGAACCUCCCUCCCGCCAGCAGCUGAUUCGCUCCAUCCUCACCUCCCUAAGCGUGGAGCAAACUGUGGAGGACCUCCCGCUGAGUCUAGUGCAAGCGCUGGAAAUGGGCCACGGAGAGCUGAGGGCACAGUACCCCAUGUGCCGGCUGUGCGGCAGCUGCAGUGCAAGGUGUCCUCACCCCCGCACUCAGCAAGACCCUCUCCUCCAUGUCUACCCACGGCUGACCGUACGUGACGGGCACGUGCAUAUGGGCCUGGAUUUCCACCUGAAAAUCAAGAGGACCCACGCCAAGAAAUGGGGGCUGGCGGAAACUGUGGAGGGUGACAAGGUGCAGGAACAACCUCCAGAGCGAUGUGUCAGCAUCGUGAAACCCAGUGUCCCCACCGAUCUGGCCUCCAGGGCCCCUCAUGAGUCUUCCAGACUGAUGGUGCAUCAUCGUCACGUGGGGACCAAAAUCCAGGCCACCGCCUCCUCAGUCCAGCUGAGUGUUGUAGAAAACCGGGGCCUCCGUCAACCAUGGCUUCCUCCUACAGAUGUUCCAGCAUGUCCACGUGUGCAGCUUCAGCAACCUCUGCAAAGCCUCCCAAACAAGCCUUCUCCCAAUAACGACCUAUAUUCCAAAUAUCACCUAGAACCUCCGUUGAUAGAUGAUCCACCAAGUAUCCCUUUAAGGCAAUCUAGGGACAGAGGUAUGAAUUAUGUGGGUCUGUGUCUAAUGCUUAUGUCUGCAAAACUAAAUCUAUCCUUCCUAAAUGGCCGUAUAAGAGGUGACCUUGAGGGAGAGUUAACCUAUUUAGGGCCCAGGGGAGUAUCUGUUAUUGAUAUGAUCUUUGUCUCGCUGGAACUUUUUGCUCAAAUUAAAUGCUGCAGAGUCUUGGCACGUCCUGAAAGCGAUCAUUUUCCGAUAACUUCUAUUGUCCAUGGUACAAAUAAAUCCCCUUUUUUAGAACAACGAACAUUCGCUGUGACGGAUGUUGAGGUAUGUCCAGCGCGGAUUAAGUGGAUCCCUAAACUUCAGGAAAAGAUCGCUGAAGGUCUAAAUUCCUUUGAAUUACAGACCAUUAAAAACCAAAUUAUAACAGCCACUUAUAGUUCCGUAAAUUACCAUCACUUAUAUCAUCUAAUAAAUAAAAUCCAAGAUUUGAUAAGACGAGAUCCUAGGGAGAUAAUGAGAAGGCCUACCCAUAAGGUGAAUCUUUGGUUUGAUUCUGAAUGUUAUGAGGCAAGAACACAAGUCAGAUCCCUACAUCAAGCAUUUAACUUGCAUAGAUCUCAUGAACAUCUAGGAAAAUUUAGGGCAGCUAGGAAAAUGUUUAAACAGUUAAUCAAACGGAAGAAGAUUAUUGCCCUAAGACAAACGUGGCAAAAUCUCCUCCAGGCUUCUAAACUAAAGGAUUCGACUAUGUUCUGGCACAUAAUAGCCCAACAGUGGCCUAAAUCUAAUUUCCAACUAGAAUGUGCCAUUGCCCCAGCCAUUUGGGAAAACUAUUAUACUCCUCUAUAUCAGGGAAAUUAUAUUAUGGAUGAUCCCCUAGCAGACCCUUCUAUAGAAUUCCCUGUAUGGUCACCUGUUACCUCUGCUGAAGUCUUAGAUCUUAUAGCCACCCUUAAAUCAAACAAGGCACCAGGGCCAGACAAUAUCCCUCCAGAGGUCUUUAAAGCAAAUGCAAAGUGGUGGGCCCCCACCUUGGCUGCGCUAUUUACCAAUAUCAACUCUUCCAUGGUUAUACCACAAGGAUGGGGCGCUGCUAUAAUAAUUCCAAUAUAUAAGAAAGGUUCUCGGUUGAACCCAGCAAACUAUAGACCGAUAAGUUUGCUUAAUAUAAUAAGUAAGUUAUACACCACUUACCUCUAUAGGAAAUUAUUAGACUGGGUCAACCAAACUGAUUUGCUAGCACCUGAACAAGCUGGCUUCCGGGUAGGACGAUCAUCGUCUGACCAUGUUCUGGUUCUUCAGCACCUUAUCACCAAAUAUAGUAAAACCAACGGCCAUGCUCUAUAUACGGCCUUUGUAGAUCUAAGAGCGGCCUUUGAUUCUAUAUCCAGAUCAAGACUUUGGCUCAAAAUGCAAAAUUUGGGAAUUGAUAGGCAUCUUUUAACCUUGAUACAGGGCUUAUAUCAUAACACUUCCCUGCAGAUUCGUUGUAAUAAUCAAGGCCACUUAACAAAACGAAUUUCUACUUUUAAGGGUGUCAAACAGGGGUGCAUUCUUGCAACCCUAUUAUUCAACAUCUAUAUAAAUCCUUUAGUGGCCAAACUCACAUCUAUACACACGCACUACUGCUAACCCGGGUAUUUCCCAUCCUGUACCCAUGCAUUUUGUUUUUGUGGCCUAAAUGCAGAAUCCUGCAUUUGUCUUUAUUGAAUUUCAUUUUAUUAAUUUCAGCCCAAUUUCCUAGUCUAUCCAGGUCCCUUUGGAUUUUAUUCCUGUCUUCCAUUGUGUUAGUUAUCCCUCCCAGUUUCGUAUCAUCCGCAAACUUCAUAAGGCUUCCCUCC